CUCUUCCUCCUCCCCGAUCCACCCGACCGCAACAAACCCUAGCACCGCCAGAUCUCCACCUCCGCCGCCGCCGGAGAGGCCACCCAACAGAUCUCCCCGAUGGCGUUCCGCCGACUCCUCUCGGCUGCAGUGCGCCGCCGCUCCUCCGCGGCGGCGGCGGCGGCGGCCGGGAACGCGCGCGAGGCCUCCACGGCCGUCGCCGCGGGCCCCGGCGCCAUCGCCCCCGACGCGCCCGCCGCCCGCGCCCCGGUGAUGGCGUACGACCGGAUCGCCGACGCCGUCAACGCGCGCGUCCGCCGCCUCGAGCACCCGGACCCCCGCUUCCUCCGCUACGCCAGCCCCGUGCCCGCGCACGUCGACCACACCGCCAUCCUCGAGGCGCCGGAGACCAAGGUCACCACGCUCGACAACGGCCUGCGCGUCGCCACCGAGUCCUCGCUCUCCUCGCGCACGGCCACCGUCGGCGUCUGGAUCGACGCCGGGAGCAGGUACGAGACGGAGGAGGCCGCCGGGGUCGCCCAUUUCGUGGAGCACAUGCUGUUCAAGGGCACGGGGACGCGCAGCGCCGGGCAGCUCGAGCAGGAGAUCGAGGACAUGGGCGGCCACCUCAACGCCUACACCUCGCGGGAGCAGACCACCUACUACGCCAAGGUGCUCGACAAGGACGUGCCACGUGCGAUGAAUGUUCUCGCCGACAUUUUGCAGGACUCUAAGCUCGAGGACAACCGCAUUGAACGCGAGCGCGGUGUCAUUCUCCGAGAGAUGGAAGAGGUUCAGGGACAGUCGGAGGAAGUUAUAUUCGAUCAUCUCCAUGCAACUGCAUUCCAGUAUACUUCUCUUGGCAGGCCAAUCUUGGGUUCUGCUGAUAAUGUCAAGUCUAUCACCAAAAAGAAUCUCAUAGACUACAUUCAAAAGCAUUACACGGCUUCUAGAAUGGUCAUUACUGCUGCUGGUGCUGUUAAGCAUGAGGAUAUUGUACAGCAGGCAAAAGAGCUGUUCAAAUCGCUGCCAACUGACCCUACAACAACUAACAUGUUGGUUGCUGAACAGCCAGCCAUUUUUACUGGUUCUGAGGUACGAAUCAUUGAUGAUGACAUGCCCCUGGCCCAAUUUGCUGUUGCCUUCAAUGGAGCAUCCUGGACAGAUCCUGAUUCUAUUGCAUUAAUGGUUAUGCAAACUAUGCUUGGUUCGUGGAACAAGAGUGCUGGAGGAGGGAAGCACAUGGGUUCGGAGCUUGUACAGAGAGUAGCAAUCAAUGAAAUAGCUGAGAGUAUAAUGGCAUUCAAUACAAACUACAAGGACACUGGCCUGUUUGGUGUCUAUGCUGUCGCUAAGGCUGAUUGCUUGGAUGAUUUGGCUUUUGCAAUUAUGCAAGAGAUGAGCAAAUUAUCAUACAGGGUUACCGAAGAGGAUGUUAUUCGUGCACGCAAUCAGCUGAAAUCCUCCAUCCAACUCCACCUUGAUGGCUCCACUGCUGUUGUUGAGGAUAUUGGACGCCAGCAACUCAUCUAUGGCCGUAGAAUUCCUAUUCCUGAGCUUUUUGCGAGAAUAGAUGCAGUUGAUCCGAGCACUAUCAGGCGUGUUGCAAACCGCUUCAUCUUUGACCAGGAUAUUGCCAUCGCUGCCAUGGGACCAAUUAAGUCUCUUCCAGACUACAACUGGUUCAGACGCAGGACCUACAUGCUCCGUUACUAGAUGAUUCGACCAGCGGUGUACCAUGUUUACAGUCUGCAAAGGCAAGAUGAUUGCUUGUUUUGGCAUCAGUAUAUUAAGGCCACAUCCACGCACAUUAUGUGCCGAAGUGGAGGAAUUUUUUGAGUCUUCGUUUUCCUUGCCCCUCUCUUCCUUUUGCAAACCCACAAAGCUGUCAAUAAUGGUAGGCAAAUUCGACUGACGUGGCUUACUUGGGUGGCCACCCGUUGUUUUACGAUGAUGAUGAAUCGUCACGAUACUUUCCACCUUGUGUUCGGAUAUUGUUGUCUUUUGGCCAAUAAUUUUAUUGAAGCUGCUUAUGUAAA